AUGGCACCACCCUCGCCACGACGAUCUUCCAGAGCUCGCGCGUUGGCUUCUCAUUCUCAACAGUCCCUCUCAUCUACCAAUUUCAGCCGCCUUGAACGACAUACCAGAUCCCUCAACCGGCCCCAAUCGAACAAAUCCACACCCAGCGCAUCUGUAUCGUCCGAUCCGCUGGACGAUAUCGACGAUACCCUUCUUGGCCGAAGGCGGAAGCGCGGCCACGACGACGAACAGUACAAGAACUUGCGGAACGAGGCCCAAGAUAUGGCCAACGAACUAGAUCCUUUGCAAGACGAGGAGGACGAGGCGGUUCGGUGCAUAUGUGGCUGCGAGGACUACCCUGGCCGCCCGCCUGUCGACGGUUCCGACGCCAACUUCCUCGCUUCGAUCGAACUCACAGAAGACGUUACUGGGUUUUUUGUGCAGUGCGAUAUUUGCAAAGUAUGGCAGCAUGGAGCUUGUGUCGGCAUCUUCAGUGCCGAGAGUUCUCCCGAAGAAUACUUUUGUGAGCAAUGUCGGAAAGAUUUCCACAAAAUCCACACAGCAAAUAAUGGACAAAAAUACUCCAAAUAUCUACCUUUGAGUCGACCAGCUAGAACUGCGUCUCGAGCUACAUCCAUUGCAAAAGAUGGAGCCCGAUCGCCGAGGCUGGGCAGUUCCAAAUCGGCUCGAUCCCAAUCGACGUCACAGAUAUCUAAACGGCGGUCUACGAUGAAUAGCCGCGAUGCCGCUUAUGACGACGAACAGUUGCGCCGAGCAAUUGAAGCGAGCAAGGAAGAAGUUGGCCAAGAUGGAACAGAAAUCACGAAUAGGCGCACAAAACGAGGGCGUAGUAACAGUGAGGAGAAUAAUGUGAUUGUUAAACGGCAACGCACAAAUUCGCAAUCCACCACACCGCCACCAAUGCCAAUGGACACCAUUAGUCAAGAAAACACGGAUGACGAGAACAGCGGGCGCAAUGGACUAAAACGACCCCGAACUUACAAAGCUACGGAGAGAUCAGAGAGAGAGGAAAAGGAUCGUCUGCGGCAGGAAAAUAUCAGUAAACGAAAAGGGCGGGCAGAUAGGCGACGUACUGAAGAUUCCGACGUAUCAGAGGACGUGAAUCUCCCGUCUUCCAAGGCCCCCAAUAAUAGCGGUGCGGAAACGUCAGCUUUUGAAGACCCUACACCUGCUGUACCAUCCCCUGUUCCAGGAACGCCUCCCACAUCGCACUCGUCUGCCGCAAAUUCGAAUAAACGAACGUCACGGAGCAACCACAAAAAGGGCAAAGGAAAAAAUCAGUAUACGAAAGACCGCACUGCGGAUAUCGAACGUUCACCCGCGCGAUCUGUAUCACGAGACACCCAGCGAGCCAACAAUGCAACAACUGCUGCGCACUCUAGACACGUAGGAGACCACAAGAACAGCUCAAGGACAAAAUUAGGCAUGGCCGGGAAGAUGAGCAUGCUGGAUAUGAAACGACGGGUGGCCGCGAUUAUGGACUUCAUAUCAAGAACACAGGUUGACUUGGCGGCCGAAGCCGCAUUGGACCGAAGUAGCAACUCAACUCAAUCGCCGCUUGAUCCUACCAAGUCGCCAAUGGAAAAAGAUGCCAAGGAACAGCGCGACUCUCCUGAGUCAAAGAUCUUCAAGGAAUUGAGCUGCAUGGAGAUGAUGGACGUUCUCACGCGGGAUAUGGUCAAAUGGCAGAAUCAAUACGCAUGA